AUGGUAAUACCACACGAGGACGACACGGAUGCGCUGGCGCAAUUUCGCCUCCUUGCUACUGCUAUGAAGGGCCAGAACGGCAAACACGCUCUAGCCAUCGCUCAGCUCAAUCAUACUGGGCGACAGUCGGCUAACUUCAUCGGAGGCAGGUCACCCUUCGUCGCGCCGCUCGCACCGUCACCUGUACGUGUUGGUAGCGGGAAACCGGUACGGAGCGUUCUUGAUGCUUUGACUUAUGCCCUCCACGCCUUUCUCUUCCAAACACCUCGAGAAAUGACACUGGAAGACAUCGACGAGGUCGUCGCACAAUUCGUGCAUGGCGCGCAUAUUGCUCGAGAAUCCGGCUUCGAUGGUGUUCAGCUCCAUUGCGCACAUGGGUACCUGCUCUCCGAAUUUCUCUCGCCAAAGACAAAUCGAAGGACAGACGAAUACUCCUGCACAUCGCCUCAGAAUGCGCUGCGGCUUCUUCGCCGCAUCGUCACGGGCAUCAGAACCGCCGAAGGCAGCUCCGGCUUCGCUGUCGGCGUCAAAAUAGGUGCUGGCGACUAUGCUGCAGGACGGGACGCCGACGACCAAGAGCUCACGCCCUCUGAGCGCGUCGCGGUUGGCUACGUCUCGGAGAUCGCCUCCUGGGGCGCGAUAGACUUCAUAGAGAUCAGCGGCGGGGACUACGAGAAGCCAGACUUUAUGGCUGCCUCGUCCUCGCGUCCGCCUUUCUUCACCCGGGUGUCGAAGGCCAUUCGCGCAAUGCUCGACGAGCAGCGCAAGACAACGCUGCGCCCACUCAUCAUCCUCACCGGUAACAUCACCACGCCAUACGCGGUCGAGCAGGUCCUCCUCGGCGACAAGGGCUCGUCCGGCUGCGCCGACCUCUGCGGCAUCGGCCGUAUGUCCGUCCUCUGUCCUCAGCUUCCCUCGAAGCUCAAUCGCGAGCUUCACGAGGAACAUACUUCGGCGGAUGACUCCUGGUGGCGCACACCGUUUUACCCCAUGCCCAACCUCACCCCGACGUCGUCGUUGCUAUCCUGGCUGCCGAAGAUCGGGCUCGUGGGCGCAGGUAGCAGCUUGGCCUGGUACAACGUUCGCAUGCGCGCCCUUGCGAAUGGGGUCGGCAUGGACGACGACAUGGGUCCCUUCUCCGCGGUCAUCAGGAUGUGGCUAUGGUUCACGCCGGACGAUGCGCGAAAGUUGUGGCAUUGGCUGGCGAAGAGGGCUGUCUGGGUUCUUUCAUUCGUACUGGUAGUGAUCACGCCUAUGUGGAUGUAUUGA